AUGCCUUCUCAAUUACAAGUCGGCCAGUCUCUAGGAGGAAGACUUGGUAGAUACGUUAUUACUCGGCAGCUGUUUAGCACAGUCUGGCUGGGUAAGGCUUCCGGCACAGUCGCUUAUCACCCUCACACCGCGGUACCAACGAAGUCAUACAAAGAAACCCGUCAUGGCGAAACGGUGAUAAACAAGAGUGUUCAGGGACACUUUAGAGUUGCGAACGAGCGCGAUAUCCUCAGGCGGUUCAGCGGGCGGUCACCACACAUCAGGCCCAUAGUAGACGAGAUCAUCCACCCCUCGGAGCCGACAUCCAUUGUCCUUCGCCAUUUGGACAGCACCUUACUUCAUGCUUCCAUCGACAAGAUUCUCAAUAGGAGAGAGCUGAAGUAUGUCUCCAGAUCUAUUCUCCAGGCUCUACGGGUCAUGCACAGCGAGGGAUUCGUGCAUGCAGAUGUCAAGCUUGACAACGUUUUGGUCAAUAUUGGACCCAAGACCAGCGAGAAUCGAUUUGCAGAGGUGCAGCUUGCCGACAUGGGCAGCUCAUAUCGAGAAGACCACAAGUAUGCCCUCCAAGGAGCCCCUAUCGGUGCGCCAAUGUGGCGCAGCCCUGAAUGUCUAUUUGAGCUUCCAUGGAACACCAAAACAGACAUCUGGUCGUUUGGAACACUUCUCAUCAGCCUCAUCUACGGUGGCAACUUCAACAUAUUCAAUCCACCAGGCGUGCCAUUCAAUGCCGCCGCCAACGAGGAGUACAUAUUUGGGGUGAUCAAGCGCCAGUUCCAGUUCUUCGGCCCUGUGACCAAGAAGUUUCUCGAGAUCGCAAGUGAAGAUGCGCUGCACGUGAUUGUGUGGUUGUUGGAGAACAUGCGAGGCAGCAUGAAGCCGUUCCUGAGGAUUACUGAGCGUGAGAUGGUCAAGAAGGACAAGGAGUUUAUUUGGUGGUUCAUGAAAUUCGAUCCGCGGGAUCGGCCUACCGCGGAGGAGAUCCUUGCUCAUGAGUGGUGGGACGAUGAGUGA